GCUGUUCGUAUUUCAUAAAACAAAUUCAACAGUUAAACGUCAUAAUUUUAAAAUAUUUUUUCCUUAUUCAUGUUUUUAAAUAAUGAAUUGAACAUACCACUUCUUUUCACUUUAAUUUCAAUUGUUUUAGUAUAAGAUAUUAAAGUACAUGAAUUUCUAAGUGUUAUUUGCAAAAUUUAUAAUGGAGCAUUUAAAAGAUUACGAAAAUGCUGACACAAUUAGUAUCGACACCCUGGCCCUGGAGGAAAUGGUGCAAGAAGAAAGAGCUAAGGAAAUAUCGGAAUUAAAUAGCUUACACGAAAAAGUGUGUUAUUUACACACAAGUUUAUUGUAUUAUAGAAAUGCUAAAUCUAAAAUGGGAAUGAUAUGUUAUGAGGCUUGGAAAACAAUGGUAAAAAAAAUAGGAGGCUCACCCAAUACAUGGAGAGAUUUAGGCUAUGCUCUGGGUAUUAAUCAAGAUGACUUGGAUUACAUAGGAAAUUCUGUGAAAGAUGAUCCAGCAGAUAUAAUAUUAAAAGUAUAUAUGCAAAAUGAGAAUGCAACUUUAGACAAAAUUAUAGAAGCAUUUAUAAAGAUGAAAAGGUAUGAUAUCCUAAAAGCUGUAGAGAAUCCACUUUGUAAUAUGGCACAAUGUUUCAACAGAGAUGAUAGUGGAUAUCAAAGUAAUAGUAAUACAGGUAAAAGAGAAAUCAUUACGCUGACAAAAAAUGUUCCUAAUGACCUACCUCCAGCAUUAAAUAAAAAAUAUGUCAAGGACAGAGCUGAUAAACCGAAAAAGCCAACAUUGAGACCAUCCACAAAGACCGAUGAAAAUAAAAGUGAUAGUGACAGUCUAAUACUAUUUCUUACAUAUACUGAAGAUGGUUUAGACACUGCUUUAAAUAUUCAAAGCUAUGUUAACAAUUGGGAUGACUUGCCAGGAGUAACAGUUGUAACGCUAAAUGGGAAAAGGGAAGAGGUUGUGCAGAAUCCAGAAAAGUUCAUUAGGGAAUAUUUUGAAAAGGCCCAAUUUAUAGUACCUAUAAUAACAACUGGAUAUUUAAAUAGAAUAAAAUCCCACACACCAGAAGCUGCAAGCACAAAUGACAAUCUGGAUUUCAAAUAUGUUAAUUUUAUAUACAAUUUAAUUAUUAAUUAUUAUAUACAUGCAACUGGGUGCCUUAAUGAAAAAGUUAGAAGUGUAUUGCCUCAAAAUGCUAAUGUUGAUGUUUUAAGAGAUAUAUCUAUGUAUCCAGAUUUAUUGCCUUGGACAUAUGAAACAAAUUUUGAUGAAUAUUUUAAAGCAUUUUUGAAGAAAGAUUUUGCAUAGUUUUUCACACUAUUUGGGAUACCUUCUAAUACUUUUCAUACAGAUGUCUUACAUCUUUAAAAUGUCUAUUAUGUUGCUGUUUAGUCAACAAUGCAUAAUAAAGAUUACUUAUCAUUUUGUGUUGCCAAAUCCAAAAUAUCCAUGUAACCCAAACUAUAUCUUUACUUAUUUAGCCACAUUUUUUUCCACAGCCGAAUUAUGCUUUAGCUGUUAUAAUUUUUAAUAAAAUAUUCGUUAUACUUUUAAUGUGUGAACAAUGUCUUCCAAAAAACAUGUAUAGUCAUUACUAAUUUUAUCUUAAAAUAAAUGUGGCAGCAAUAAAA